UAAGAGUCUUUGCAUUUCUUCCCCAAUAUUUUCUUCGCAUGGCCCUAUCACAGCCAAUGGUAUUGGAUUUUUCUGCUGCUUGUUCUUUCUGUGAAUGAGACAUUGGACAAUGUUGAGUUGUGAGAUUUAUUCCUUUGGAGCGGCAGCUGGGCAACACUAUGCACUUCUCUUCACUUCACCAUCACAAAUGUAAGCCCUGCAGAAUCCAUCUCUUAAAGAAAACCUAUUAGACUUUGUUCUCUUUCCAAGCCUAGCCAUGGCCUCAUUGCCACCAACCACCAAAACCCUCAAAGCUCGUCUCAACAACGGUGACACCCUCUACGGUCUCUUCUUCAUGAGUUUCUCCCCUACUCUGGCCGAAAUCUCAGCCCUUGCUGGCUACGACUUCGUAGUCAUAGACAUGGAACAUGGCCACGGUGGCAUCUCCCAGGCGCUCCCUUGUCUCCAGGCUCUAUCCGCCACCCAAACUCCUACCAUCCUCCGCUUGCCCGAAAAUUCCCCAUCGUGGGCCAAGAAAGCCCUCGACUUGGGCCCAGACGGCCUCAUGUUUCCCAUGAUCGACGACCCAGAAUCCGCCAGAAACGCCGUGACAUACUGCCGCUACCCUCCUGCUGGUAUCCGCGGCGCCGCACACCCAAUUGUGAGAGCUUCAAAGUACGGCCUUGACGAUGAUUACUUGGCAAAGUGCGAGAGUGAGCUACUGAUUAUGUGCCAAGUGGAAUCGGAGAAAGCAGUGAAAAGAUCUGGAGAGAUAGCAGCCGUUGAUGGGGUUGACUGCGUGAUGAUUGGGCCGUUGGAUUUGAGUGCCAGCAUGGGGUACCUGAUCGACCCUGGGAAUGAGAAGGUGAAGGAUAUUAUGAAGGUGGCAGAGGAAGCAGUGUUGGCCGGCGAUGGCGCCUAUCUGGCUGGGUUUUCUAUGCCGCACGAUCCACCGAAUGAGAUGAGGAAACGUGGGUACCACAAGAUUUGUGGUGGGGUCGAUUUGGCAUUGUUUAGAAAUGCUGCCCUCGAGGAUGUAGAGAAGUUUAAGAAAAUAGUCUAAAGUUUUUCAAUGCUUUGAGUGGCCUCUUCUCUAUCGAAUGUACAAAACAACAUCACUUUGUUUGGGAGGGAGACUUUUAUUAAUUGGAACCUUAGGGUUACACCACAUCAUCAUCGUGUAUCUUUAUUUUAAAACGAAGAAG